AUGAUACGGCCUGUGGUAAACUGGAAGCGGCCCACCGUCGUCCUGCUUGACAUGCUGUUGUAUGGCAUCGUAGAUCUGGGAGAAAAGACCCAAACGGUCACCAGUCACAUCUGGAUCCACUUGAGAUGGCGAGAUGAAUUCCUCACUUGGAAUUCAUCAGACUUCUGUGGGAUAGACAAGGUGGUCAUCCCGAAAUCAAAACUGUGGCACCCGGACAUAGGCAUCCUCGAGGACAUCUCUGACACUGGAAGCAUCCAGCAGAGUCCGAUGGUCAAAGUGACCUCUGGCGGUCUGGUGACGGCUCAGGGACGCCAGCGCCUCACCUCCACCUGUGAGCUCGAUCUGUACCUGUUCCCGUUUGACACGCAGAACUGCAACAUCUCGUUUUCAUCAGUGAACUACAACGUGGAGGAAAUCCAACUUGGAACAAUGAACAGCGACGAGAUCCUUACUUCAGUGUCUGAAGCGUUGAUGAUCACAGCAGGAGAAUGGGAACUUGUAAACUUGACCAUUCUGGAAUAUUCUUCGAAGAAAUCAGACGGGUUUCAAAGCUGUCUUGCUUACACGGUCACAUUAGUGAGGAAACCAAUGCUCUAUGUGAUUAAUUUACUCGUGCCCAUGCUCUACUUUCUGAUGCUGGACCUGGCCACCUUCUUCAUCAGAGACGAGAAGCUGAACUUCAAAGUGACCAUUGUCCUCUCCAUCUCUGUCCUUCUGCUCAUUCUUAAGGACAUGUUGCCCUCCACGGAGAGGUAUAUGCCACUGAUCGCCAACUACAGCGUCACUGUUUUUAUCAUGGUGGGAUUAAGCCUCCUGGAGGCCAUGUUGGUGGACUUCCUCAUGGGGCUCGACGAUUACCGUGCUCAGAGAACCCGACGCUCCAUCAAUACCCAGGUGGAGAUUCAACUGGAGGCCAAUGGCCACACAGAGCCUGUUGAAGCCGGAGAGAAAAGCCAGGUGAAGCCAAUGACAAGGCGUCGUGAGGGUGACCUGCUGAAGCUCAUCCUGGAGGAAGUGAAAGCCGCUCGACAGGAAACAGGAAGACAAUGCAAAGAUGAGAGCAAACCUGGAUGCUAUGCAAGACUGGCUGAAAUCAUAGACUAUGUCUACUUUGUCCUCUACGCGAUAACGGUUGUCAUUUAUUUGACGUUAAUGUACGCAAUCUGGAUUGGGGGCGUUUGUUUGACUGCGGUCAGCAAAUGUAGUAAUCAAGACUACAUUUGAAAGGGGUAAAAAAAAAAAAAUCUUCAGAUUUAGCUUCAAAUAAUCACAAAUAUAGUAAAAGACAUCCAUGGGGUUGACAUUGUAUUUGGUCUGUGUUAGCUACAGAGUGCAUUCCAGUUGAACUCAUGGUUUUUAGUUAGUAAAUUCCCAAUUCAACAUGGCCGCUCCAACAACAGCUUGUGUAAACCAGCAGCAUUUACUGUUAUUUUGUUCGUAUUUCUCCCCAGUUUUUUCCUGUUAAACCUGUCACAUGUAAUAAGCUGUAUGCAGAGUUCUGUCCUACUGGUGUCUGCAAAUGUUUUUUUAAUGCAUGAAGGACUAUUAUGUCAUGUGUUUAUCAAAAUGGACUAGAUUAGCUUGCUAGUUAGCAAACCUAGCUGUAUUGCUAGCAUUAGUCACCAAAUGACCUGACUUUUUGAAGUACUCGCGUGACGCGCGCGCCUGUAACUCGAUUUCAAGAGCGACAGCAAGUCUUAACAUGAGAGGUUGAACAUAUAGAUGCAUUUAAUCUGGUACCAGUGACGGUCGUGUGUUGUGUGGAAAUAUGUAAAUGGUGGGAAAGUGUUAGCUUACUGGUUAGCAUUAGCAUUACUGUAAACGUCCAGAAAAAAAACACUAGAAAAACCAGCACAGACCGAGAAUAUCACCAGCAUAUGUUGUGUUUUGGUGCCGGUGAAACAGCAUCAAUCAGAAUCCCAUGCUGGUCAUAUGCUGUUUAACCAGCAGGGGGUGCUCUAGUGACCGAAAUAAAGACAAGGUUUUACCAACUGUGUGUUGAUUUAAUAAAUAAAGUAAACACAUACUUCUAUGAAUGAAUGUACAUAUACAGAUGAUUCACUGUGGUGACCCUAACCCUAACCAAAGUGGAACAAUAAAAAUAAAAUAAUGAAUUAAUAUUAUGUCUUUAAUUCCUGGUCGGAGUGUGAUUUUCUCAACUGCUGACAAUUAUUUAAUUACAAAAAGGUAAAUGAAUGGUUGUAUAACCAACGUGUUUGUAUGUAAUAGUGACAUUUCUGUAAUUGGAAAGGCAAGUGAAGUAGACAAUACAUA